UUUGAAUUUUCAGAUAGAAAAUGAAGAAUGUUUAUAGACUGGAGGCAGACGAGGAGCUGAGAAUUGAGGUUGAUUGUCCCAAGACGGAGAAGAUCAGCGUCGAGCUGAUGACCGGUGUGGCGGAGAUAUUCGGCACCGAGAUGGUUCAACACACUAAAUAUUAUUUUGCAGCCGGAGCCAAAAUAUCAGUAUUCACGUACCACGGUUGCACUGUAGAGGUAUCUGGGAACCUGGAGGUGGAACCCUACUCCUCGAAAGAGACGCCAAUGAUAAUCUACCUCAACACCCACGCUGCACUCGAACAGCUCAGACUUAAGGCGGAGCAGGAUACGGACAGUACUGCACGUGGUCCGAUAACCCUCCUCGUGGGGCCGACAGAUGUAGGCAAAUCUACGGUUUGCAGAAUCCUUCUCAACUACGCGGUCCGGAUGGGUCGGCGUCCUAUCUAUGUUGACCUAGAUGUAGGUCAGGGUAGUAUAUCUGUGCCAGGAUCAUUUGGAGCCCUGUUGGUGGAGCGGCAUGCUGGUAUAGAGGAGGGUUUCAGUCAAAACUCUCCUCUUGUUUACCACUACGGACACAAGACACCUGGACAUAAUCUUGUUCUGUUUAACCAACUCGUCUCAAAAAUAGCGGAUGUAGUGCGAGAUCGGUUAGCGGCAAACAAAAAAGCCCAAAUUUCAGGUGUGGUUAUAAACACAUGCGGCUGGGUGAAGGGAGAGGGAUACAACCAAAUUAAACACAUUGCUCAGGCUUUCGAGGUUGAUGUUAUCGUAGUAUUAGAUCAGGAAAGAAUAUACAACGAUUUAGUGCGCGAUAUGCCCAAGUUUGUGAAGGUAGUCUGGCAACCUAAAUCUGGGGGAGUAGUCAGCCACCAGAGAACAGAUCUUUGAGAUCUCAGAGUGAAGCAGUAUUUCUAUGGACCAACUGGGAACUUGUUCCCUCACAGUUUUGAUGUUCCUUUUUCAGAUCUUAAGGACAAGAUUUACAAGAUCGGAGCACCUGAGCUACCAGACUCUUGUCUACCCUUGGGGAUGAAAGUUUCAGACAAUAAAACAAAAUUAGUUGUGAUAAACCCGAACCCACGUGACCUGUUAAACCAUCUUCUAGCUGUAUCAUUUUCUGCUGUACCAGAGGAUGUUAUCACAACAAAUGUCGCAGGCUUCAUUGUGGUGACAGCUGUAAAUAUGGAAGAAAAGAAACUAACAGUGCUGAGUCCACAACCGAGACCUCUACCGGAUACCCUGCUCCUUCUUUCUGAUAUUCAAUUCGUGGACUCCGCCAUGUAACUGGUUUAUAUGUACUGUUAUUGUUUUUAUAUAUUUGUACUGCACUAAUUCAUAUUCACUGAUCAGGACUAUUUCAGA